UUCUCCCUCCCGCCCAAGCGCCCGACCAGGCCGCUCCCGGAUCUAGGUCACGAUGUCGCGGAAGAAACCGACGAGAAAUCCUUUCUAUUUCUUCAUGUUGGAGAAGAUCCCGGAGCUGAGGCGGCAGGGCUUUGAGGUGAAGGGGCUGAAGGACGCGGCUCCCCUCUGCAGCUCGGCCUGGACGUCGCUGACGGUGUUGGAAAAAGAGAAGUUUGCACAGAUGGCCCACGAAUGGAAAGCUGAGAAGGAUGACAAGACAUUUAAUGAACCUUCAAAGAGACAGUUGCUGAACCCAAUAUUCUCUGUAACAGCAAAGGGAACAAAUAAUCCACCUAUGUCCUGGUCCAGUGAUGAAGGAGUCUGUGAUGAAGUUUUCCAUUUUGUUAGUUUUUUGAGCCUGGCAGAUCUCCCCCCAAACUCUGAACAACGCUUCCUUCCUUGUGAAAUGGCUUGUGUUAAAUAUUCACUGAAGAAUGGCAUCAUCAGUGAAUUUCAUUACUUCAUAGAUCCAGGUAUGAUCCCUUGUGGUUUUCGGUACCAUUGUCAAGUAUCAAGUGAUGCCACUCACAAAAUUCCACUUUCAAACUUUGAACUUGCAAGUUCCAGUUACAGUGAGAUCUUUCAACAGUUUUGUGCUUUUCUGAGGCAAGAAAGAAGCUGUGGUUUCCCUCCAGUUUACUGUAAGUUAGCUGAGUGCUUCAGAGUGAAUUGGUGUUUGAACUGGUUGGCCAGAAAAGCAGGUAGAAGCACUCCUGUGAAUGUUUUUGAGCUUGAAGAACUGAUAGAGAAACUUUAUGAACACAAGUUAAAAGAGAAACCUUCCAAAGCUAGUGUGGAGAGAAUGCUGGAUGUAAUGAUUUGGGAUUAUGCUGCAAAUACUAGAUGCAGAUGGCAUGAUGAGCACGACAUUGUGUACUGUGCCUUGGCAACAACCAAGAAAUAUGCGUAUUGUAUCAGUGAUUCUUUGGCUUCCAUCUAUAAAUUUGAGGUUACAUCAGCACACGUCCCAAAAAAGGAGUUGACUUAUGGCACAAAGUUGAACCCGAAAGUGCUAGUACUGGACAAUUACUAUCAGCAAGCAAAACCAAGGAAUAAUUUAAGACAAUACAUCCAUUUACCAGUUGAAUCUACAGCUUCGAACAUCUCUGGUGAUAAAAGCUGUGUUUCAGCAUCCAGUUUAAGGGAUUAUCCUAUUGCAGCACAAUUUGGGAGAGGAAGAGGUGCCCUGGCUGCAUGGCUGAAUUUUCCAUCUCGCUCACCGCCAGGAUUUCAGCAGUAAAUACAUUCAAUAAUACUCGAUGGUUUUAAAGAAAAUCAUUUAAUAUAGCUGUUUGUUUUGAUCUUUGGUGAUAUUAUUCUCCUGUGCGUGUACUUGAAGCAGAAAUAAUGUCAGAUGUAGGAAUACCCCAAUAUCUCAGUCUGAAACCUAGUAAUGGGCUGGUUUUCAGGGCUGAAAAUUGUAAGAUUGCAGAUGCACGAUUAUAGCAAACUAAAACCUUUUUUCUAAAAUGUAAAAGAUAAAUACUGCAAAAACAUGCAUAAGCCUUUACAAUUUUCAAAUGAUGAUAAUAUAAUGGGAAAUCGACAAAUGCAUAUUUUAUGCAUCUGAAAAUGGAUUUUGUUUUUUGUUUUGGAGCAGUGUACUAAGUUCAUUUUGUGUUCGAAUGAUUGUUCUUGAAAUUGUUCCUGAUAAAUUUGUUGAAUAAAAUAAUUUGAAUUUAGCGAGCAUUUAAUUGUGAUUGUG